AUGCCCGUCACAAAGUUCGAGACGAAGGAGAAGUACAGGUAUCAGAAUGGCUUCAAUUGCUACCUAGAAUCGGAAGCUGUCGAGGGUGCCCUACCGGUCGGACACAAUUCACCCCAGAAGGUGCCGUACGGACUCUACGCCGAGAAGCUAUCCGGAACUGCCUUUACGGCGCCGAGGAACGAGAACAAGCAGACAUGGUUGUACCGUGUCCUGCCGUCCUGCUCGCACCCUCCGUACGAAUACGACACCGAGACGGAGAAUGGCUCCAACAAGACCUUGGACGGCGCCGAGGGCAAGCUUCACUACAUCCCGAACCAGCUCCGCUGGGAUCCCUUCGAUCAUGACAAGGCUAAGCACCUGGACUUUACUACUGGUCUUAGGCUGGUCGCUGGAGCUGGAGAUCCUACCUUGAAGGAAGGACUCGGCAUGUACAUCUAUGCUGCUGGCAAGAGCAUGGAUGAGAAGACGGCCUUUUACUCGGCCGAUGGUGACCUGCUCAUUGUUGCGCAAGAGGGAGUUUUGGAUAUCCGGACCGAGUUUGGAUGGCUCCUCGUCCGACCCAUGGAGAUUGCUGUUAUUCCCCGAGGUGUCAAGUAUCAGGUCCACCUCCCAUCGGGCCCUGCUCGUGGUUAUGCUCUUGAGCUGUAUCAGGGUCACUUCAAUCUCCCGGAGCUUGGCCCUAUCGGUUCCAAUGGCCUCGCCAAUGCUCGAGACUUCCAAUCGCCCGUUGCCUGCUUCAGCGAAGACUUUGGAGCCACUGCUUCUGAGGGCCCCAACUCAUACACCGUUGUGGUCAAGUUCAACAACACACUCUUCAAGACUGUGCAGGCUCAUACACCCUUUGAUGUUGUCGCUUGGCACGGCAACUAUUACCCCUUCAAGUACGACCUUGGCCGCUUCAACACUAUCGGCACCAUCUCGUUCGACCAUCCCGAUCCCUCCAUCUUCACUGUUCUCACAGCGCCGACCAACACUCCCGGAACGGCCGUGGCCGACUUUGUCAUCUUCCCCCCUCGAUGGCUCGUAGGUGAGGAUACCUUCCGUCCUCCCUGGUAUCACCGCAACACCAUGAGCGAGUUCAUGGGUCUGAUCUGCGGUGGUUACGAUGCCAAGCGUGGAGGCUCGGGGGGUUUCGUGCCCGGCGGCGCAAGUCUGCACAACGUCAUGAGCGGGCACGGGCCGGACGCGGAGAGCGGCGAGGCGGCCCGCAACGCCGAGCUGAAGCCAGCCAAGGUUGGUGAGGGGAGCUGCGCGUUCAUGUUUGAGAGCUGUCUGAUGGUGGGCGUGACGGAGUGGGGUCUGAAGACGUGUCAGAAGGUGCAGUCGGAAUACAAUGAUCACAGCUGGGGAGGAGUCAAGACGCAUUGGAAGUUGCCAGAGGGGUUGAAGGUGAAGCCGCAUACUUUGUAG